AUAACCUCGAAUCAAUCUCGCAUUCCUUUACCGCUUUGAAUGACGCCACACAGUGAUUAGCAAUAAAGCGGUUGAGGAAAAGGACAUCGGUGUAAGGUGCUGCAGCGGCAUAGAGUUUAAUCGUUUCAUUUCCGUCUCGGGUUUCCCCAGGAGAAAGUGGCCUACAACUGUCACUAUAUAAACAGUGACAGGGGAAGGGCAACCAUGGCACAUUGAGGACAGACUCCUGCAGCCACCUGGUCUUUUCGUUUAAAAAACACCGUUGGAGGAUGACACGGAUGUUAGUUCUUUGCAUCUGCGGUUGCCUGAGUUUUGUAUGGCUGUCGUCAGCAAAGAGAUGUUUCAAUCAGAGGGGUGUGGAUCGGCGGGCUUCAAGGUUCAUCAUGAGCAUCCGCUGCUUUAGGACGGCUGUGUCUGACAGCAUCCACCUGCAACGGCCCUGGGACAGACCGAGCUGCCCCAGCUUCACACUCCACACUGGGUCUCUGUCAUCGGUGCAAUACAACAACCGCUCUAUCUCCCCCUGGCGGUACAGAAUCGAUGAGAGAGAGGACAGGAUUCCUGCUAAAAUCCUGGUGGCUGAGUGUCUGUAUGAGGGCUGCAUCGUCAACAAGCACGAGGACAGGACAUAUAACUCUGUCCCCGUGUGGGCCACUAUCACCGUGCUCCAGAAGACUGAGUGCCCUGGCAACCCUCGACACUACCUGGUGACAGUAGACUCUGUUACCAUCGCUGUGGCGUGCACAUGUGUUGUACCCAGACAGAUUAUUUAAUCUCUUAGAUUAGGUUAAGUGUUACAGACGUGUCCAAAAUUGCACCCUAUUCCCUAUGUAGUGCACUACGAUACAUCCGUGUCCAAAAUGGCACCCUAUUCCCUAUGUAGUGCACUACGAUACAUCAGUGUCCAAAAUGGCACCCUAUUCCCUAUGUAGUGCACUACGAUACAUGUGUCCAAAAUGGCACCCUAUUCCCUAUGUAGUGCACUACGAUACAUCCGUGUCCAAAAUGGCACCCUAUUCCCUAUGUAGUGCACUACGAUACAUCAGUGUCCAAAAUGGCACCCUAUUCCCUAUGUAGUGCACUACGAUACAUGUGUCCAAAAUGGCACCCUAUUCCCUAUGUAGUGCACUACGUUUGACCAGAGCCCUAUGGGCCUUGGUAUCGCUGCACUAAUUUUUUUUUGACAUGUUAAGACAGUCAGCCUAUAACAAAGAGUCCAAACUGUGCUUAUACACACAGACACAACCUUGGAUCAGAUUCAUUCUUAUAGAGAUGACUAUGGAAUAAAUAACCAUUUAGUAGUGAGAUUUCUCACCAAAAAAAAACAAGAAAAAAAAAAGGUGUGUUUGUUUUAAAACUCACCUGAGGCCUUCCUGUUGAGAUAAGAACUCCGACACUAUGGCCAUUCUCUAAGACGUCUGUACAAUGGCUGUCGAACAUGAUGGAGACACAUCGGUCAUAUUUUCCUCUUUUAAAAAAAAACAAUUUUUUUUUCUACCUUUAUUUAACUAGGCAAGUCAGUUAAGAACAAAUUCUUAUUUUCAAUGACGGCCUGGGAACAGUGGGUUAACCUGCCUGUUCAGGGGCAGAACGACAGAUUUGUACCUUGUCAGCUCGGGGGUUUGAACUUGCAACCUUCCGGUUACUAGUCCAACGCUCUAACCACUAGGCUACCCUGCCGACUAUGAAUGUGAAUGUGAAUUGGACAGAUCAUUCAAGCAAUAUUGUCAUAUUUACUUGUUUGGUUGGAUUAUGGCUGUAAAAUGUCUUUAUGCCGGGGGGGAUUUUCUAGAACCUGGACUUUGGUACAUUGAUAAAGCAGAAAGUGUCUGUUCCUGCUGUAUGACUACAGGUAGUAGAACUGCUGGGGUAUCCCACUGGUGUGUAUAACUAAUACGUUGUCUUUGUGUAUUAGUCAAUUACCUAUUUAUCAAUGGUCUUAGGGACUUAGGAAAUUCAUCUCCUCGGUUAUGCUGUUGUGUCCACUAGGUAUCUCAGUAAGACGAUAACGUGACAUGAUGUUCGCUUUCACUGGUUGAUAUAAUUCCCUUCUGGGAACUUCAGUGGUUCAAUCUGCAGUCCUCUCCCAGUGUUGUCUGUCUUAUAAAAUCAAUCUGCAGUCCUCUCCCAGUGUUGUCUGUCUUAUAAAAUCAAUCUGCAGUCCUCUCCCAGUGUUGUCUGUCUUAUAAAAUCAAUCUGCAGUCCUCUCCCAGUGUUGUCUGUCUUAUAAAAUCAAUCUGCAGUCCUCUCCCAGUGUUGUCCGUCUUAUAAAAUCA